GAUAUCGCGGAGAGCCUUGGUGCCUAUAUGUUUAUUAGAGAGUUCUGGUAAUCCUCUGGUAAUCCUCUUACCUUUCUGAGCAUGAUUGUUGCAAGCUUGAGAUGAGCGAACUGGAGCUUUUCUUGCUGUGCGCACAGCCUUUUCCUUUCCCUUUCCCUUUCCACCAAGCCUAGAGCCAGCCUGUAAUCCAAGUGGCAUCCUUGGUGCUGUGCCGCCAGUUGAUCUCCUAGCAGUUUGCUUAAUACGAGCCAUUUGCUAACAUUAAGAUGAGUUAGUGAAGUAUACACAAGACAAAGAAGUAGAUCAAAAGAUAUAUGUACUUACAGUGAGUUUGUAGCAAGGAUGUUGUAGAAAGAGUAAAGAAAGAGGUAGAGGUUGAAAGGUAUGUGUUUUAUUUGAAGGUACGCGUUGUAGUGUUGUUUAGAACAGUAAUUAUUUGCAGGUGAAUAUUCCUUGACGAAUAUAAUUGUUUGCAACUUUAAAAAAACAACAACCUUACAACCAACCACCUUCCUUGGUUACGUUCCGAUCUACACAUUCUUCUUCUCUUUUGCGCUUUACCUCUUCACUAGGACCUCAAGUAAGUUUAUUAUCUUGAUUCUACAGUCAGAACUUCUGAUGAUCUUCUGCUAAUCACGUGUUUAGCAUGGCGAAACGCAAGGCACCUGAAGAACUCUCCACUAAUUUGAAUACUAUCAAAGCUCGCAACCGCGUCUCCAACCUUACUGAAGAUGAGAAGGCUGUUCAUUUAGCACUCAAGGCUGACCAUGGCGAUCUGAGCUACUACUUAAAGAAGUUAUACAAGUCUGCAAAGUAUAUCGCUGCCUCUGCUGAAGACAAGACACGUCUACAGAAUGAAUUGAAGGUUGAGCGUAUUCGUGUUCGGACUGAAAAGGGCACCCAUGCAUCUUGCAUUGCGAAUCAGAAAGUCAAGAAUACUAGCGCCCCUUCUUCUUCUCCACAAGCCCCACCAUCUACUCCGCCACAACUUCUGUCUGAGCUUGCUGCAUUUGAGGGUAUCACCAGUAUCCCAAUCGAUGACGAUCAUAACAGCGAAUGGGAGGAUACUGAGGUUGAAGACGAUUUAGAGUUGGAGCUUAUGUUACGGCGCGACGAUAUUUUAAAUGACGAGGCUGUUCUACCAGAUGAGCUUUCUGAUGAAGAGAUCGCUAGCAUCCAGGCUCUCUUAACUCAAGCACGCAUUGAUGCCCAUGAAGAGGCCAAUUUCCGCAAGUGGCAACAUUUCUGGGAUAGCUGUAUCCGCUCAUAUACGAGAAAGGCUGGAAAGCUGAGAAAGAAGCCUGAGCAUCUCUUUGAAUAUAUGCCAUGGAUUGAUGUAGAAGAAGGCACUUUUCACAACGUUAUCCCACCACAUAAAUAUUUCUGUUUGUACGAGCAGGCAGUUUGGAAAGUGGGCCAAUUACCAGGACCUGCGCAGUGGUACCCAAAGUCUUACAAUCUUGUCGACAACGGAUGGUUACAAGUCUCCACUCAUAGUUCUAGCUUCAAAGAGGCGUUCUUACUUGUCUACUCUAAGAAAUUUGAUAAGGAAAAGUGGGCUAAG